GCCUGCAGCCUGCCAUGGCCCACCGGCAAGCGCCCUCAAUCCAGGCUGAGCCCACGUGAGACCCCGGUCAGGAUCUUUCCCAGAAUCCAGGCCUGGGUAAGGCUGCUGAUGUCGCUUCUCCCCCAGCAGCCUGCAGAGUACCUGUUGGUAUGAAAGCUAGCCGGCAGAAUGGAAGUCUCAAGGUCAGGUCCUGGUGGAUUUCUACAUCCUACAACCAAUGUGUGUGCUGUCUUCAGCAAUGGGGUGUAAACAUCUAGUUGUGCCUACCCUUCCCACCAACAAGCACUCGAUGCCAGCCCAGAAGCGGCAGCAGUAUGUGGAUCAGGCAUACACCUACACCCGGAUGUUCGGUGGCAGCCUCUCUGGCUUUAGCCUCCUGGUGCUGAUCUGCACAUCCCCACUGAGCUGGGUGCAGUUCCUGGUGACCAACAACGGCCUUGAGCUCAACGCAGGACUCUGGACCUUAUGCAACCAUGAGCUGUGCUGGAGCCACGCACCCAAGCCACCCUAUUACCUCCAGUAUUCCAGGGCUUUGUUCAUCAUCUCCAUCCUCUGCAUGCUCACUGGCCUUGCCUUGCUCCUCAGCUCUUGCCGCCCUGCCGAAGGAACCGUGUCCUCUAAGUUGGAUCUGAAGGUGUCCAUCCUCAACUUCUGCUCAGCUGUCUGCUUGCUCCUCUGCCUCAACCUGUUUCUGGCCCAGGUGGAAUGGUACACAAAGAGCACCAUGGAUUCAGAGUUCCUGUGGGCCUAUUAUCUUAAUUGGUGCAGUGACAUCUUGUAUAUCUGUGCUGGGAUCAUCUCUUUCCUCAACUACAUAACUUUCCAAUCUCAUCCUCCUGAUGAAAGUGUCAGUACGAUCCCACCGCAGAAGUCCAGGCUGAGCUUUGGUCCAGGGCCAACAAUACCGCCCGCUACAGCUGGAAAGUCAAGUUCUGAGGUGGAACUUCUAAGUUUGAGAGAGAAGAAACAAGCAGUGUGAGCGGGGAGAAACAACCAAAGACACAAUUGUGACAGAAACAGGGAAGGCUAUGUCCUGCUGUCUAGCAGAGGUGGGCUGAGUGAGACGUGAUUGUGCAAAUUUGAUGAAACCUUCUGAUAUCAUGUCCAUAGCAGCAUUAAAGCUAACAAAAUGUC